AUGGACGGCAGUGGAGCUCCUGAACAAGAAGACGACGAUGACAAUGACGGCGACUGGAAGCUCCUGCUCGAGGCUGCGGUGCGAGUAGGAGGGACCAAGUACGAAGUCGUGACGCCCGAGAGCAAACAGGGGGCACGGGCUCGGACGUCCACGUGCGACUCGCUCGAUGACACGGACGACGAUACGGACGAUGACGACGAAGACGACGACGGGAUUCUACGCAUUCGGGCGUGCAGUCACGACCGUCGCAUUAGUUUUCAGGUGGACGUGGACGUGGUGGAGAUUCCGGCCCGCUCGAGCUUUGAUGCUGGCUACAAACAGCGUGUCUGGUACUCGCGGGACGAGUUGCGUCGCAGUCAAAUGUGCUGCUAG